AUGUUCAAAACACUUACCGGUGCAAUAUCUAAAUCAACCUUCGCAGCUUUUCCCACCCGUACUAGCCUUUUGACUCUCUCUAACACUUCACAACGAGGAUUUGCCACAAAAACAAUAUAUGUGUCUAAUGUUUCAUACACCUCUAACGAACAAGGACUUGAAGAACUAGGCUCAAAAUUUGGUAAAGUUGAAUCUGUUCGUAUGCCGAGGGAUUAUGAAGGCAGAAGUCGUGGUUACGGCUUUAUUGAAUUUUCGCAAGAAGAAGAUGCUGCAAAAGCUAUGGAAGGGCUCAACGGAUUAGAGUUUGAAGGUAGGGAACUGAGAGUAGCCGAGGCUCGCGGUGGAUCUGGUGGCCCUCGUGGUGGAUUUGGUGGUUCUUCACGUGGUAAUGGCUUCGGGAGAAGAUUUGAUGGUCGUGAUCAGUAUUGA